CCGAAGACGAAGGCAUGUUCCGCCUCGCGCACGAUACCCCGUCGUCGUGGCAAUCCACCAACCCUCACAGCUUUCAUCCCUCUCUACCAUCCUCACAAGACGUACCACCAGACGUCUUCCCCUUUCAACUCAUCCCUUCCGCCCAACCUCGCUCCAGCUACCCCUCGUCAUCCGCUUCUCCGCCUCCCUUCACAAACAUGACCUACUCCACACAGGCCGCAAGCUUUCUCCCCUCACCGCCGAGCUCCCAGCGCAAACGGCCGACUUCUCCCCUCUCUGUUACGGAUUCUCAGCCCACGCUCCGCCAGGGCGACUCCCGUCAGCUCUCCUCUCCGCCAAUGAGCCCAAUACAACGACCCCAAGUCCGGGGCCGUGGCGGCUUCGCUCGAGAUUUGGAGGAAACGGACGCUCAGGCGCUCAAUGCGGUAGUCGAUGGCAUCGGCAGGAUGCAAGUCAGCAUGAGUCUAGACCAGGCAGGAAGAUGGCGGAUCGCGCGCCGGAAUGACUCUCCUUGGUAGUAUCAAGGGCUGAUGUCAGUGCUGCGAAAUGGCGAUCCUUGGAGGGGAUGUAUAAGCCAAUGCUCUUGGGUAGGAUUAAUCAGAUAGGGAGAGUUUGUAAGAAGUCUGUUAUUGACGCAACGAAAUACAAUCAUGUUUUUUUUUUUGUUU